GGACUCGGCGCCAGUCCCGCUCGGCGCCGCGCCGCUCCGCUCCGGCUCCCGCUCGCUCCGGGCUCGGGCCCGGGCUCCGGCGGCGUCGCCUCCCCGGCGGCGGGUCCCCAGGACGGAGGAAGGGGCGCCCCAGCCAUGGCCCGCGCUCAGGCUCUGGUCCUGGCGCUCACCUUCCAGUUGUGCGCGCCGGAGACCGAGACUCCCGCAGCUGGCUGCACCUUCGAGGAGGCGAGCGACCUGGUCGUGCCCUGCGAGUACAGCCAGGCUCAGUACGAUGACUUCCAGUGGGAGCAAGUGCGGAUCAACCCCGGCACGCGGGCCCCUGCAGACCUGCCCCACGGCGCCUACUUGAUGGUCAACGCUUCCCAGCAUGCCCCAGGCCAGCGGGCCCACAUCAUCUUCCAGACCCUGAGUGAGAACGACACCCACUGUGUGCAGUUCAGCUACUUCCUGUACAGCCGGGAUGGGCACAGCCCAGGCACCCUGGGCGUCUAUGUGCGGGUGAACGGUGGCCCUCUGGGCAGCGCUGUGUGGAAUAUGACAGGAUCCCAUGGCCGGCAGUGGCACCAGGCUGAACUGGCCGUCAGUACCUUCUGGCCCAAUGAAUAUCAGGUGCUGUUUGAGGCCCUCAUCUCCCCAGACCACAAGGGCUACAUAGGCCUAGAUGACAUCUUGCUCUUCAGCUACCCCUGCGCAAAGGCCCCUCACUUCUCCCGCCUUGGAGACGUGGAGGUGAACGCGGGCCAGAAUGCUUCCUUCCAGUGCAUGGCCGCAGGCAGAGCUGCAGAGGCAGAGCGCUUCCUCUUGCAGCGGCAGAGUGGGGUGAUGGUGCCUGCGGCUGGUGUGCGGCACAUCAGCCACCGUCGCUUCCUCGCCACUUUCCCGCUGGCCUCCGUAGGCCGCGCAGAACAAGAUCUGUACCGCUGCGUGUCCCAGGCCCCGCGUGGCGCGGGCGUCUCCAACUUCGCGGAGCUCAUCGUCAAAGAGCCUCCCACCCCCAUCGCGCCCCCACAGCUGCUGCGCGCAGGCCCGACCUACCUCAUCAUCCAGCUCAACACCAACUCCAUCAUUGGCGAUGGGCCGAUCGUGCGCAAGGAGAUCGAGUACCGCAUGGCUCGGGGCCCGUGGGCUGAGGUGCAUGCUGUCAACCUGCAGACCUACAAGCUGUGGCACCUCGACCCGGACACCGAGUAUGAGAUCAGCGUGCUGCUCACACGCCCAGGGGACGGGGGCACAGGCCGCCCUGGGCCGCCGUUGCUCAGCCGGACCAAGUGUGCAGAGCCCAUGAGGGCCCCCAAAGGCCUGGCUUUUGCUGAGAUCCAGGCUCGUCAGCUCACCCUGCAGUGGGAGCCCCUGGGCUACAACGUGACGCGUUGCCACACCUACGCUGUGACCCUGUGCUAUCACUACACCCUGGGCGGCAGCCACAAUCAGACCAUCCGGGAGUGUGUGAAGAUGGAGCGGGGUGCCAGCCGCUACACCAUCAAGAAUCUGUUGCCAUUCAGGAAUGUCCACGUGCGGCUGAUCCUCACCAACCCGGAGGGGCGCAAGGAGGGCAAGGAGGUCACCUUCCAGACAGACGAAGAUGUGCCUGGUGGGAUCGCAGCCGAGUCCCUAACCUUCACUCCGCUGGAGGACAUGAUCUUUCUCAAGUGGGAGGAGCCCCAGGAACCCAAUGGCCUCAUCACUCAGUAUGAGAUCAGCUACCAAAGCAUUGAGUCCUCAGACCCGGCAGUGAACGUGCCCGGCCCUCGACGCACCAUCUCCAAACUUCGAAAUGAGACCUACCACGUCUUCUCCAACCUGCACCCCGGAACCACUUACCUGUUCUCCGUGCGUGCUCGGACCAGCAAGGGCUUCGGCCAGGCGGCUCUCACCGAGAUUACCACCAACAUCUCGGCUCCCAGCUUUGAUUAUGCUGACAUGCCGUCACCCCUGGGCGAGUCUGAGAACACCAUCACUGUGCUGCUGAGGCCGGCCCAGGGCCGAGGAGCACCCAUCAGUGUGUACCAGGUGGUCGUGGAGGAGGAGCGGCCACGGCGGUUGCGGCGGGAGCCAGGAGGUCAGGACUGCUUCUCAGUACCUCUGACCUUUGAGACGGCACUAGCUCGAGGCCUGGUGCACUACUUUGGGGCUGAACUGGCCGCCAGCAGCCUGCUUGAGGCCAUGCCGUUCACUGUGGGUGACAACCAGACCUAUCGUGGCUUCUGGAACCCACCGCUGGAGCCCAGGAAGGCCUACCUCAUCUACUUCCAGGCAGCAAGCCACUUGAAAGGGGAAACCCGGCUGAACUGCAUCCGCAUUGCCAGGAAAGCUGCUUGCAAGGAGAGCAAGCGACCCCUCGAAGUGUCCCAGAGGUCGGAGGAGAUGGGGCUCAUCCUGGGCAUCUGUGCAGGUGGCCUCGCUGUCCUCAUUCUCCUCCUGGGGGCCAUCAUCGUCAUCAUCCGCAAAGGGAGGGACCGCUAUGCCUACUCCUACUACCCGAAGCCAGUGAGCAUGACGAAAGCCACGGUCAACUACCGCCAGGAGAAGACUCACAUGAUGAGUGCUGUGGACCGCAGCUUCACAGACCAGAGCACUCUGCAGGAGGAUGAACGGCUGGGCCUGUCCUUCAUGGAUGCUCCCGGCUACAGCCCUCGGGGAGACCAGCGAAGCAGUGGGGUCACCGAGGCCAGCAGCCUCCUGGGGGGCUCCCCUCGGCGCCCAUGUGGCCGAAAGGGCUCCCCUUAUCACACAGGGCAGCUUCACCCCGCAGUACGCGUGGCCGACCUCCUGCAGCAUAUCAACCAGAUGAAGACAGCGGAGGGCUAUGGCUUCAAGCAGGAGUAUGAGAGCUUCUUUGAAGGCUGGGAUGCCACCAAGAAGAAAGACAAGCUCAAGGGCAGCCGGCAGGAGUCAGUGUCUGCUUAUGACCGGCACCGAGUGAAACUACACCCAAUGCUGGGAGACCCCGAUGCCGACUACAUCUCCGCCAACUACAUAGACGGCUACCACAGGUCAAACCACUUCAUAGCCACUCAAGGGCCGAAGCCUGAGAUGAUCUACGAUUUCUGGCGAAUGGUGUGGCAGGAACAGUGUGCGAGCAUCGUCAUGAUCACCAAGCUGGUGGAGGUGGGCAGGGUAAGCGGGGCCGGGGGAGGGGAGACGGGCUGGGGACAAGGGCGGGCCUCGUGGGUGGCUAAGAGCCCACUGAACCCUGCGCUAUGGGGGCCGCAGGUGAAGUGUGCCCGCUACUGGCCCGAGGACUCCGACAUGUACGGGGACAUCAAGAUCACGCUGGUCAAGACGGAGACGCUGGCUGAGUAUGUGGUGCGCACCUUUGCCCUGGAGCGGAGAGGCUACUCAGCCCGGCACGAGGUCCGCCAGUUCCACUUUACAGCAUGGCCAGAGCACGGCGUCCCCUACCAUGCCACGGGGCUGCUGGCCUUCAUCCGGCGCGUGAAGGCUUCCACUCCCCCUGACGCCGGGCCCGUUGUCAUCCACUGCAGUGCAGGCACUGGCCGCACAGGCUGCUACAUCGUCCUGGAUGUGAUGCUGGACAUGGCUGAGUGUGAGGGUGUCGUGGACAUUUACAACUGCGUGAAGACCCUCUGCUCCCGGCGGGUCAACAUGAUCCAGACCGAGGAGCAAUACAUCUUCAUCCACGAUGCGAUCCUGGAGGCCUGCCUGUGUGGGGAGACCACCAUCCCUGUCAACGAGUUCAAGGCGACCUACAGGGAGAUGAUCCGCAUUGACCCCCAGAGCAAUUCCUCUCAGCUCCGGGAAGAGUUCCAGACGCUGAACUCGGUCACCCCGCCCCUGGACGUGGAGGAAUGCAGCAUCGCUCUGCUGCCCCGGAACCGAGACAAGAACCGCAGCAUGGACGUGCUACCGCCGGACCGCUGCCUGCCCUUCCUCAUCUCCACGGACGGGGACCCCAACAACUACAUCAAUGCCGCCCUGACUGAUAGCUACACGAGAAACUCGGCCUUCAUCGUGACCUUGCAUCCGCUGCAGAGCACCACCCCUGACUUCUGGCGGCUGGUCUACGACUAUGGCUGCACCUCCAUCGUCAUGCUCAACCAGCUCAACCAGUCCAACUCCGCCUGGCCCUGUCUGCAGUACUGGCCAGAGCCUGGCCGGCAGCAGUAUGGCCUUAUGGAGGUGGAGUUUGUGUCUGGCACAGCAAACGAGGAUUUGGUGGCCCGAGUGUUCCGGGUACAGAACACUUCUCGGCUGCAGGAGGGCCACCUGCUCGUCCGGCACUUCCAGUUCCUUCGCUGGUCUGCCUAUCGGGACACGCCUGACUCCAGGAAGGCCUUCCUCCACCUGUUGGCUGAGGUGGACAAGUGGCAGGCGGAGAGCGGGGACGGGCGCACUGUGGUGCAUUGUCUCAAUGGGGGUGGCCGUAGUGGUACCUUCUGCGCCUGUGCCACGGUCUUGGAGAUGAUCCGCUGUCACGGCCUGGUGGAUGUUUUCUUUGCUGCCAAAACGCUUCGGAACUACAAGCCCAAUAUGGUGGAGACUAUGGAUCAAUAUCACUUCUGCUACGAUGUCGCCCUGGAGUACCUGGAGGCUCUGGAGUUGAGAUAGCAGGCGCAUGGCCUGGGGCACUGAGCACCCAGGGUGUGGCCUGUCAACCCGGACUGGUGAGGAGGGCCUCUGGCCCCAACUUUGCUCAGCCAUAAUUCCACAGGGAAAACACUGGAGUGGACGAUGCACUAUGUUGGCGACCCCCAGGGGAAGGCUGCAGGCCGAGGAGGACCUUUGCAAGACUGCAGCCAGCCCCACCUCCAGAGGGCCCUGCAGACCUGUGCAGAGAAGCCUGCCUGGGACAGUGACACUGGCCAGAGCAGCCAGUGCUAGGGACCCCAGGCCAGGCCCCUCCACUUCAUUCCACUCCUUGGCAAGAAAAGAAUGAGAGCCUGCAGAGAGAGAGAAAGAGAGAGUGAGAGAGUGUGAGAGAGUGUGUGUGUGUCCAAGGUUUGCACCCAGUGUUCCUCCCUCUGCACGUGGCGGAGGUUCACUGGGGCUUGGCAGGGCCUGAGUCCCACCUGGCUUAGCUCCUGGGAGUCCUGAAGAAGCUGGGACUCUUCCCCUGUCUUGCCAAUGGGACAUGCUGACUAUCCUGCAGCUCUGUUCUCCAUCCCACUGCCCCUGCAGACCCAGGGGUGCUUUGCUCGCCAUGCUGCCCUACUUCUGCUUCUGAGCUUCCUGCGACAGGACCUGUGCCUCCCUCCUGGGCUCCAUCCCUGCCUGGUCCGGAAUAUGCAGAAUGAUACCACUUCAGCUCCCUCUUCCCUACCCUACCGGCCUCCACGGCUCGGCCCUGCUUACCCAGGGCCUGUGCCAAUCCACGAGGCUGAAGCACAGCCCCUGGGGGUUGAGGUCCCUGUGGCUCUUGGUGAGGCCGCCACUGGGUUGGGGCAGGGUAGAGCAGGGCUGAUGACAGCUCCUAGAGUUCAGAGGAGGAAGGGGUGCGAUGGGAUGGAGGACCAGUGCUUUUUUUUUUUUUUUUUUUUUUGGUUGUCGUUAUUUUUUGAUGGGAGGGUGGGAAGUUCUCUUUAUAAUGGGGUAGGCCACACCCCCAUUUCGUGCCUCAAUUUCCCCAUCUGUAAACUGUAGAUAUGACUACUGACCUACCUCACAGGGGGCUGUGGGGAGGUGUAAGGUUUGUAAAGCGCUUUGUAAAUAAAUGUGCUCUCUGAAUGCCAACCAGCCCGGAGGGUGCCUGAUUCUCUGCCCAGCCUCCUGCUGCAGUGUGGGUCAGAAGCUUACAUUCUAGGCUUGUUUGGGCUUUUCUGUUCACCAGACAGCAGAGCUAUGGCCCAGGGCACCACUCAGAGUCCUCCCACGGAGGUCCUAUUGCCUUCACCCAGUGUAUUAUGGGACCUUCCUUGUUUCUUCAGCCUCGGUACCUGACAAAAGCCGCUUAAGGGAGGAAGGGCUUAUUCUGGGUUACAGUUCAAGGCUACAGGCAACUACAGUGAGUGUUCAAGUUUGCUUUCUGUUGCUACGAUAGACACCAUGACCAAAAGCAAGCCGGAGGGAAAAGCAUGUAUUUCACCUUACAGGCUGCAGUCCGCCAUAGAGGGAAGCCAAGGCGGGAACUCACUCAGAGCGGGGUCCUAUGACAGAAACCAAGGAGGAACACCAUGCAUUGGCUUGCUCUAGACCCAGGCUCCGCUAUCUUUCUCACAUCGCCCAGGCCCACCUGCCUGGGAACGGUGCUGCCCACAGUGGGCUGGGGCCUCCCAUAUCAACCGUGAAACAAAAACUGUUCCCCACAGACAUGGCCACAGGCCAGGGUGAUGGAGCUGAUUCUUCAGCUGAAGUUCCCCUUUCCCAGGUGUGUCACAUGGGCAACCAAGAUUAGUCAUCAUAGCGGGAAAGGCUUGGGGGAAGGGGCUCGAAGUGGCUGGUUAUAAAGCAUUUGCAUUCAAGAAGCAGAGGGUAGGGCUUAAGGAGACGGAUUACCGGGUAAGAGGGCUUGCCGUGCAAGCUUGAAGGCCAGAGUUUAAUUCCUCAGUUCCCACGUAAAAGUUGGCCAUGGCCGCACAUGUGUGUAACCCUAGCAUUGGAGUGUGAAGACCAAUCAAUGCUGGGAGCUCACUGGUCAGGCAGCCUAGCCAAGAGGGUGAGCUUCAGGUUAGCAGGGAGGUCCAGUUUCCAGGGAUCAAUGUGUCAGCGAUAAAGGAAGUCACCAGAUGUCCUCUGGCCUCUGCAUGUGUGCACAUGGACAUGUGUUGCCCCCUAAAAUAGAGGAGCAGAUGGUGAUGGGUGUAGACCCUCCGUUCCCUUUCUCUCUUUUGUUUGGUCCAAGAUUGCAGCCCACGGAACAGUAACUCCCACAGUAAAGUGGCUCUUCCCCCCUCAACCCAAUCCAGGUAUGCCCAGAGGCUUCUGAAGCUAUUCCUCAGGCAGUGGGGCUUCCUCUUGAGGUGUCAAGCUGCUGGCCAGCCCCCCCCCUGGGGGGGCCGGGCCGAGGUCAGCUCUGUUGUUCAGCCUUUGGCAUCAGGCAGAGAGAUCCCAGGCCAGUCCUCUGGGGUCCCUAAUGUGGGCCAGCAGCCAUCUCGGCUUCAUUUUCUCAUCUGCAAAUGGGAACCAUCUUGUGAUCUGCCGAGCUGGCGAUGGGGGCUGAAAAGGUUCAGUAGCUAAAUUUGUGGUAGAUACGGGACAGGGAGAGACAUGAUCGCACAGCUGUCCUGGGCCCGCCCAGUCCCAGCCUCAGGCUCCUUUGUGGGGGUGGGGGGGCUGGGUCAUUCUCGGCUCUGUCACAGCUUGCUGUGUGUGUGCCCUCAGACUGGACACUCCCUGUUCUGUGUUCCCCCUCCUUACACAAAUCUGGUCUCCUCUGGAUUCUCUUCUCACGCCACCUGACCUACGUGAGCUCCAAAGUGGAGCCUCUUUUAAUGACUCCCAAUUCAGUUUUCCUCAAGUCUGAGCUAAAAAAACUCACUAUGGGGUGGAGGAGAGAUGGCUCAGGCCAGUUGUCACAACACCUGUCAGUCCAGCUCUGGGGGAACCCUUGUCUUUGAGGGCGCCUGCACUCAUGUGUACAGACAUACAUGUAUACAUGUAAUUCAAAAGAAUAAUUGUGCAGUUAGUGCCCACCUGGCUUUCCUUUAGACUGACGCCCACCUCCUCUUUCUGAGCUGACCUAUAAAGCCUUACCUGAUGGACUCAAAUGUGUGUCAAGCCAGGGAAUAUAACUUGCUUGGACCAAUAGGAUGUGGUGGAAAUGGCAGAGUGCAGGGUUCAGAUCCCAGCCCUCCCAAGGCACUCAGUUUUGCAUUGUCCUGGAACAAUGCCCUGGAAGGAAGGAAGCCUUUGUAGCCUCCUGGAUGGCUGAGAACACCUGGAGGGGACACGGAACAUCCCCUAAAGUCAGUGCUAGGUUCCAGGCCUGCGGAUGAGGCCAUCGACAACCUUUCAGCCCAGCUGAUCUGUUGUAUAAAUAUGACUGGUUAGAAGAGGCUGUCUGAUCAACUUCUGGAACCAGGAGCGGUUAUACACACCUGUUUCCUAUGCUGGAAGUAUGGUGAUGAUUUGUUACACACCCAAAGCUACCUGAUGCCCGUGUGCUGUGGCUGCUGCAGACAUUGCUUUUUUUCUUUGUUCCCUUCAGUGCUGAGCUCCUUGAGGACAGGGGAUGCUUCUAUGUUUCCCUCGCUGUGUCUAUUGUCUAACAAAAGGCUUGUCUUGAAGCCGGUGUUCCAGAAUUCCUGGCGCUUGGAGGGAAGGAAGCCUGGGUCUGAUCGCCUGAGCUCGCAAAGCCUUUCAGAAGACUUGGGGCCCGGCUAGGCAUGGAAAAGAGUACCAGCUGCAGAACCAACAAGCCAAGGGUGGUCUUCUUGGCCUCACAGUUAACCCGGAAGUGGCCAUGCACGGCCCCCUAAUACUCCACCAUGAAUAUAGUGGUAUCUUUUUGCAGGAUUGGCUAUGAGGCAAAAUAUUAAAAAAGACUGAGUAUAGGUCACUCUUUACUGACACAAUUGUUCUUUGAUAAAGGACAUAUAUUACAAUAUAGGCAGUCCCUAGUUUACAAUAGCUCAACUUAAUGUUUUUGUUAUGUACGUAUGCACACGAGUGGGUGUGCAUGCACCUCAGAAUGUGUGCAGAGGUCAGAGGACAAUUUGCAGGAGUCAGUCUCACCUCUACCACAUGGAUCCCAGGGAUGGAACUCAGGUCGUCAGGCUUGGAAGAGCACAUCCUCAUCUGCUGAGUUAUCUCACUAGUCUUUGAUACACUGCUGUGCACUCUCCAGCGAUGCUGGGGGGCGGUCAUGUGACCAGAGGGUGAGCCAGCCAUACUCCCGGGAAUCGAGUUGCUAGCUGUUACAGUAGGGAGGUCAGGUGGGGUAAAGGCACUUUUCACUUAGGAGAGUUUCAGUCUAGGAUGGAGUCUAACUUAGUGGAGGUCAAGAGGCUCUGGCCCCGAGAUCCCUGGGGAAUAAAACACUGACUACUUACUUUUGGGGAAAAAAAAAAUCCUUUGUGUGUGUGUCUCUGUGUGCUCGUGAGUGUACAUGUCAAUGAAUGCUUCAGGUCAUGCAGCACACAAUUAAGCAGGAUUAGAACUCUAGUCAUAUGACUUCAAAGCCAUGGCUCUUGUAAUCGGUGCAGAAAUUGUGGAAGAUUUCGAUCUGAACCACAUCAGUCUGUGGACACUUCUCCCAUUCAGGGCUCAGCAUUCUUGAUACUCAUGAAUACUUAGCCACAGAUGCAGGGGACAGCUUAGCUGAGCCUGACAACCAAACAUUCUCCUGGGCUUAGUGUUUGGCUCCUUGUAGACCUGAAGAAAAUGUUGCUGAAUGAAUGACUGGAGGUCUCAGAUCUGCAGAUGGCGGGGGCAGCCUGACUCAGCAGGAGCCGAGGAGCUGGGAGAGCCUUUUCAAGAAAAUAAAAUGUGUCUCAACUCACUUCCCACUUAUCCCCAGGGGUGGGAAGAAGGAAUCUGUCCAGGAAUUUUAUUUUCUGUUCGUUCGAAAGUGGAACAAUGUGGCUCUCUUGAGCUGUGUUCGGUAUGUGAUGGCAUUUUCUUUGUCAGGCGAGAUGGAGAUGGCCCCAGCCCAGGCAAACCAGGCACAGAACUUGCUUCUCUGGACUCUUCCUUGAUAACUGUUUGCCCACCCCCAACCCCAGCCUCCACACCCCGCCCCUCUCCCACAUGCUUCAUCCCAUCUGCCUCUCUCCCUGUGCCAUUUGCUAAUUUAUCACCCCUGAGCUCUGAAUACACCGUCUUUGCUCCUCUUUGAGAUUCUGGAGCUGGUCCCUUGAGUUUUGCCAGAGGGAGCAGUGCUAGAGGCAGUCAGUAGAGGGCACUAGACGGAUACGAGGGUGAUUGCAGCAGGAGAGGUUCGCUCUCCCUUCCAGGAUCGGGUUCUUCUCUCCUUUUUGUUUCCUUUCUACAAAGGCAAGACCCAGUCCCCAUCUUCUCUGUGACCCACGGGACAGCUCUAGAUGUCCCCCAGAUAUCCCUGUUUCCACUUGGAAGUCACUUUUAUAGAUCAAACAUACGUGCUUGGAUCAUGCUCCCACUCUGAGGGCCAUUGGUAUAGGCCAGGCUAGCCUACAUGGCCUGGCCAAUUUCUUAGCCACCGUAGGCUGUGUGUUCCGGUGGUAUGUCUCCCUUGUUCAGCUGAAUGAGGGAGGGUAAUCUCCUGAAGCCAUUCUUUAAAAUUUCUAAAACUUUAUUUAUGCACUUAUGUAUGUAUGUAUGUGUUUGUGUUUGUGUGUGUGUCUGAAUGUCUUGCCAUGGCAUGUGUGUGGAGGACAACUUGUGAUAGUCAGAUCUCUCCAUCUACCAUGUGGGUCUCAGGGAUCAAUCCACGAUCAUCGGGUUUGGCAGCAAUCACCUUCUCUUCUCGCCCAUCUCACCGGCCCCUCUGUCUGUUUCUUGUUCACUUUGCCCUUGCAGAGAUGUAACUGCUUUUCUCACUUGCUGCCUCGGGGUCUUUAAGGGCUCUCUGUGACUGCCUUAGUGGCUGACUGCCCUUUGCUGGAUUAGUAUUCUUGAUAUAAGAGCUCUCAAGUUCGUGUUCAUAUCAUCAUGGAUGGGCUCUGUCACCUGACUGGCUCCUAAUUGAUACUGACUAGGACUCAGGAGGUCCCAGGAGACAGACUCCAACAGAUGGGACUUUGAUUGAUUUCAUUGUACCCUUGGCCUUGAGCGUGGUGAGCUCCUUGCCAACAGGAAACCGGAGACUCAUAAUCUACAGCGUGGUGGCAGUGUAAUUAUGUCAUUACCUGUGAUGAGCUUUGAUUCAUUGCCAAAUGAAGUACAUGUCUUGGGUGCCCUGGUAACUUCUGCACUUGGCCAUUACUUCAGUCAUGGUGACCAUGGGGCAUGUAUGUGCAUGCACAUACAUGAAUGACCUGUAUGUGCAUGAAUGUACAUGCCCUAUGUAUGAAUGCACUGGAACACAGCCUCUAGAAAGCAAGUGACAAAGCCAGGCCAUUUAAUUCUCAGCUUAGAUGAUAGCUGGAGAGCAGUGGCAUCUUUGAUUUUAUGUAGCCACAGGGAUGAUAUUGCUGAAAAUGAAUCAUAAAAUUGUGAUUGUGUGGGUUGUGUUAUUAAAAUUUACCACACUGGCAA